AUGCAGAGUCAGUGGUGGGAUCCUAGAUUGUGGCCCGGUCCAGAUCCUGGUCUAGAGCUGGGUCUAGGCCCAAAUCUAGACCCGAGUCCAGUCUCGUGGCUCCCCUCCGUUGAUGGACAGAGGCUCAUUGGACGCAUCAUCCUCAACAAGACUCUGAAGGAUGGAACCACACCCCGAGACACCGGUGCCCUGCUUGGGCUGAAGGUGGUGGGGGGUAAGAUGACGGACAGUGGGCGUCUCUGUGCGUUCAUCACUAAAGUGAAGAAGGGGAGUCUGGCUGACACCGUGGGACACCUGCGCCCAGGGGACCAGGUUCUGCAAUGGAACGGUCGGGUUCUUCAGGGCGCCACCUUCAGCGAGGUUUAUGACAUCAUCCAGGAGUCCCAAAACCAGACCCAAGUCCAACUACUGGUCCAGAGAGACCUUAGUCUGAACCAGGAUCUGAAUCGGGAUAUGAACCAGGACAUGAGCUCAAGUUCUUUGGAGAGCGUUCAGAAGGUGUUGUCAUGUCCCGUCAGUCCCACUGUGAGUUUAAACAUUAGUGGCUCACAGCGCACGCUGGUCCCAAGGAUCCAGGUGAAGCUGUGGCUGGACUCAGUCGGGCGUCAGCUCAUUGUGACGAUUCUCGGUGCCAAAGAACUUCCCUGUCGAGAAGAUCACCGCCCCCGAAACCCCUACGUCAAUAUGUACCUCCUGCCAGACCGCAGUGACAAGAGUCGUCGUAGGACUAAGACUGUGAGGAAGUCCACAGAGCCACGCUGGAGCCAGACUUUCAUUUAUGGCCCAGUUCUGCUCCGGGACCUGACAGACCGGACUCUGGAGCUCACAGUGUGGGACCAGACCAGAGUCCAAGAGCAGACCAGAGUCCUAGAGCCCAUCCACAACCAGGACGAGGAGAGCCAGCUGCUGGGGCAGGUGCUAGUCCGUCUGGAAGGGGCACUGUUGGACGAUCAGCCGCACUGGUACAAACUGCAGCUGCCCCAGAUCUCCCCCUAUGUCCCGCGUAGGGUACUGCAGCAGAACAGGUCUCUGCCUCGAGUUCGGACCCUGGGCCAGGACUAUGUCUACGAGGACACAGAGCAGGACGGGAUCGGGGUCAUCUCAGAUACCUUGUCCAGAUGUAAUGGUCUGGAUUUUGGAUCGUCCAUGUCGGUUCCAGACCAGGUUCUGACACGGAUCAGACCCCACUCUCCUCAGCCCUUACCCCACAGUUCUCAGACUCUUUACCCUCUGCUCCGAGAGGACGCCGUUCGUCUGUUGCGAGGCUCAAAACUCAGCCGCACCCAAUCAGAUGCCUCCGCCCACCCCCCAGACAGGAGACCCAUGAGGAGGAUGUCUCUGGCGCCGUCUCUGGACUCUCCUCACGACAGGUCCCGGUCUCCUCGCCUGAGUCCAGUUUUCGGUCACUUGUCUCGACAGCUGCCCCUCGCCCCAAACCGCAGCCGCAAUGGAGAGCUGGGCGACACGGUGCAGUCAGUUCUGUCCUCGUUCUCAGCUCCACCUCCUGCUAUAAGAGUCCAGGCCCCGCCCCCAGCCACACACACAGCACCCACCUAUGCUCAAGCCCCUCCCCCUGCAGCCCCUCCGCCUCAGGCCUUUGUCCCAAACGGUGCUCCUCACUGGUCGUAUUCAGCCCCUCCUGCAGCAGCCCCGUCCCCUAUACCUCCUCAGGCCCUUCCCCCUUGCACUCAGGCCCCACCUCAUGCUGCUGUAGCUCCUCCCCCUGCUCCUUUUAUGAAUGGUGUUACUCCUCCCAUUCAAACACAUGCUCCUAUAACCGUGCCUCAUUUUGGUCCUAUGGCUCCUCCUCCAGGUGUAGUCCCUCCGGCCGCUGCACGAACCCCUUCCCUUCCAGCAGCAGCCCCUCCCUCUCCAGGCACAGUCCCUCCCCCUGCAGAUGCAGCCCCUCCCCCUGCAGCACAAGCCACUUCCCCUCCAGCGGCAGUCCCUCCCCCUGCAGCACAAGCCCCUUCCCCUCCAGCGGCAGCCCCUCCCCCUGCAUCACAAGUCCCUUCCCCUUCAGUGGCAGCCCCUCCCUCUGCAGCACAAGCCCCUUCCCCUUCAGCGGCAGCCCCUUCCCCUGCGGCACAAGCCCCUUCUCCUGCAGCUCAAGCCGUGCCCAUGACAGCAUCAGCCUCUCCCUGUGCUCCUACAGUUCCUCCCCCUGCUCCUCCUGUUCAAACAAAUGUCCCUGUGACCACGCCUCCUGUUGUAGCUCCUCCCUGUGCCUCUUCUGCCCCUACCCCUGCAGCUCCUCCCCCUGCCUCUACAUAUCCUCCUACUGCAGCGCAAGCCCCUCCCCCUGUUGCCGUCUCGUCCAGUGGCAUUUCUGCAGCUGCUCUAACAUCACAGGGUUCCACAGACGCUCCACCCCCUGCUCCGAUUCCCUCCACACCAGUAGCUCCUCCCACAGAGUCGGCCCCGCCCCCAGCACAGGCCCCACCCCCUCAGACCCCAGAGCUGGAUAGGCGGUCGGCAACACCUGGCGGUACCAGGAAGGAGGUCACAUGGGAGGACCAGCAGAAGAAACCGGCUGAUGAGGAGGCUCCUCUGAAGGACAUGAACAAGAUGAGUUCAUCUCUGAAGUCGUUAGACUCAGACUGCACAGAUGCUCCGUCUCUGGACCCUCAGGCCCUCAGUGCGUUUGCGAGUCUGUUAGAGAAAAGGAGAGAGAGGAGGAGCAGCCGAGCAGCAUCGGUGGAUUUGAGGCCAGCUUUGGAGCAGCCAAAGGAAAUGACAUUAUCAGAGAAGGAAGGAGCCAUGCUGCAGAAAAGCGAAUCAGUGGAAGGAGAGGAGGAGGAGGAGGAGGAGCCAAAUCCAACCAGUGGCAGUGCUCCAAUGCAGAAGUCAGCCUCGGUGGGCGGAGAGAUCUGCUCUUUGUCUCGAAACGAUGAUGAUGAUGACGAUCGAAAACGCCGCUCCAGUUUGGGACAAAAGAUGUUAGGGAUGGUCGGGCUGGGCAAGAAGAGCCAGAGUACUACUAACCUCAAUCCAGAAGAGGAGGAGAAGAAGAAAAAGGUCAUCCGUCUGCCGGUGCAGAGGAGUAUCGAGACCGGACUCGCCAUCGAGUUUAAGGCCAAGUUCACCCGACAAGCCUCAAGGGACCCGGAUGCAGAGGACCCAAAGCCUGGAGCUCUUAUCUUUCCUGGAGUAAAAAUAGCUGCUGAUAAAAACUUCACAGGUUUCCUUGAAAAUCUUGGUCCUGCCCAGGUUGCAGGACGCCAGACACUGGCCACGCCCCCCAUGGGGGAUAUUCAGUUAGGGAUGGUUUACAGAAAAGAGCGUCUGGAUGUGGAGGUGAUCCGAGCCCGAGGUCUGAUGGCCAAACACGGCAACAAGAAUACGCCAGCCGCCUAUGUGAAGGUGUACCUGAUGGACAACGGGAAGUGUGUCCUGAAGCGAAGAACCCGACUGUCUCGGAAAACUCUGGACCCACUUUACCAACAACAGCUGCAGUUUGAGGAGAACCCUGAGGGCAAGGUUCUACAGGUGAUCGUGUGGGGUGAUUACGGGCGCAUGGACCAUAAAUCAUUCAUGGGAGCUGCUCAGGUCCUACUGGAUGAUCUGGAUCUGUCCAACAUGGUGAUUGGCUGGUUCAAACUGUUCCCUGCGAUCUCAUUGGUAGAUCCGGGUCUGGCGCCGUUGACCAAUAAGGAGGUGGAGGGCGAGAAGGCGUUUCUGGUUCCACCCCCCGCACCCAAACCACAGGUCGCCAAGACAUGAGACCAUCAGCCAAUCAGGUCAAUCAAAGCAGAGGGCUGUGGUUAUGUCAUCUGAGCUGCACACGGCCCCAGAGCUUCAGACUCUAACACUUUAAAGAGGGGGGUAUUUCGCAAAAUGUACUUUAAUGUAAGUUUCUACCAUGUUAUAAUAUUCCCUCAUCAAAACCAUGCCUGAAGAGGUUUUAGAUGUCAU